ACACGUAGUAGGCGGAGGCAGCAGCAGACACACACACAAACACACAGACAGACAGAGACACGUAGUAGGCGGAGGCAAACAGCCACACACACACACACACAUUGGAGGGAACCCCAUCAGCUGUGGGAAGCAACACAGCUUGAACUUACUUUUAUUUUUCUAACUCUAGUCUUCAGAUUGCCAGAUUUUGAAGCUAUAUUUUAAGAUAUGCGCCAUUGAGGAGUACAGCGAGAGCUCUGCGCUAAAAACGUACAUCAUUAUAUUUUAACAAGGACAGCAGUGGAGGAAGGAAAAAAAAAACAGAAAACACGGACUACAGAAGGUGGCUUCGACAGCAUGGAAUAUUUCAUGAUGCCGACAGAGAAGAUACCGUCCUUACAACACUUCAAGAAGACGGAGAAGGAUGUUAUUGGAGGUCUCUGCAGCCUGGCCAACAUCCCCCUUAGUCCAGAGACAGCCCAGGACCAGGAGAGACGAAUCCGCCGAGAGAUUGCCAACAGCAACGAACGCCGGCGCAUGCAGAGUAUCAACGCAGGCUUCCAGUCCCUCAAAACACUCCUGCCCCACACAGACGGAGAGAAGCUCAGCAAGGCGGCCAUCUUGCAGCAGACAGCGGACUACAUCUUUGCCUUGGAGCAGGAAAAGACACAGCUCCUGGCACAGAACAACCAGCUCAAACGCUUCAUCCAGGACUUUAGCGGCUCAUCACCGAAAAGGAGGCGAGCAGAGGAGAAGGAUGAAGGGAUCGGGUCUCCAGACACGCUGGAGGAGGAGAAAAUCGAGGAGCUGAGGAGGGAGAUGUUAGAGCUGCGACAGCAACUGGACAAGGAGCGCUCUGCUCGUAUGCAGAUGGAGGAGCAGUUGCGAUCUCUGGACACCCAGCUGCACCCAGAGCGUCUGAAGGUGAUCACCCAGCAGGUAGAGGAGGAGCAGGCGCUCCUCCAGAGCCAGACGCUGUUACGGCUGCAGCAGAUCCACUCCGCCGACAGACAAACACACAGUCCACAGGUGCUGGCUCCUCCCACUCCCCCUGCCCCAACCCACCACCCCACGGUCAUCGUCCCAGCCCCAACACUAACCCAGCACCCCCACCAUCACGUCACUGUGGUGACCAUGAGCCCGUCUGUCCACACCAGCACUGUGUCCACGUCCAGACAGAACCUGGACACUAUUGUGCAGGCCAUCCAGCACAUCGAACGCACUCAGGAGAGGAGAGCGAGCGCAGAGGAGGAGCAGAGGCGAGCGGUCAUCGUUAGCCCCGCCCACGUCGCCAUGGACACCGCCUGCUCGGACACAGACACCGACACAGAGGGAGAGGACUGCUCAAUGAACUGAUCCGCCCCAUGAACUGGCACACACACACAAACAAACACUUAAAAAAUACCUACUCACUGUAAGAUUCCCUCCAGGAGCUUGACUACUUCAAAAAAAAAAAAUCUUUCUUUGGCAUUAUCCAAACUCUUACAUCCAGUGGUUAAGCUCUGUGUCAGUCUUGUACUGUAAAAUCUCUGAAGAUUGAAAACAUGGUCAGGAUGGUCAGCGUGCAGAGGAGGCCCUGUGGGGUUUCUGAAGGGUGUUUUUCAAUGUCAGAGCCGGUCUGUGGCUACUUGAAAACUUGAGGGUCUCCUCGUGUAAAAAGCUAUCAGCAUCAGUCCGUCCUUGUGUUUAUGUGUGCUACAUACAGUCGCAGUAUCACAGUUACCUGUCGUCACUGGCACGCUGACAGUAUUAUUUGUGCUGCAAAUUGAUGGAGUCGGUACAAUGGAGAGUUGAAUGUAAUGACACAAUAAGCAAGGAGCUCUUGAUUCUGAAAAGGGACAUGGAGUUGCAUUUAUUUCUUCCCCCAGUCUUAACUUAGGUGAUAUUCUAGUGCCAGUGGCCACGAAACCCAACUUAAACUACAACAGAAGGCAUUUCUAAAUUACAAAGUUUGGGAAAAAUUCAAAUUCAGUCACAAAGCUAAUUUGAGGAUAGAUGUUGAAUGAAAUUAUGUCUGAUUUACUUGAAAAAAAAGGUUGUGUUUUUGAUAUCUAAAUAAGCCCUUACAGAAUAAGCUGUUGAACAAUUUACAUUGAUCAUCUUUUGUUUUGAAUGUUUUUCAUGUUUUUGUUGACUUUUUUUUUUCUUUCUGUCAGGGUUACUGAAUGUUGAAGUUGAACAUUUUGUUAUAUUGAGAUUAACAACUUAAAAUUGGAGGUUUGUCAGGUUUUCACAGGGAACCGGAAGCCUAGAGGUGAAUUUUGCAAAAGUAUGGAUUUCAAUUUAAUUUGUUAUCUACUGGCGACUGGUUGUUGUUGCACCCCUAACCAAAAAAAAACCCAGGAUUUUAAAAAAAGAACCAAAUGUUGGUUAAUUGUCAGAACAGAAACAGCAUUUUAGUGGGUGGUGUUAACUUAAAAUCUUAGACAGUUUGACCGAAUCAAACUUAGACCUUGCAUAUGAAUUUAUUGAAACAGAUUAACAUGAUUCACACGCUCAGUUUGCAUGAAGGCUUCCGGUUUUCCUCUAAAGACUUCCAGUCUAUCUUCUGGUCUUGUUUUGUUGAUUUCAGUGACUAUGCACUAGAGUUUUUUGGUGUUUAUGCAAUUCCAUCUUCAGUACAUUUGUUGGUGUCACUUAUACAUGAGGUGAAGUUGUCUAUGCACCGUUGAUAGGUGUGUACAUUACACCUACAGUAUAUGUAUGAAACUUGACAUGCUUGUAUCAAAGAAUGUAGUCUCUACUUGCAAGGUGCUCUUUGUCAACCUGGUGCUCUGCUGACCAGCAGUGAGCUGAGGCCCAAACCCUACAUGUCAUUUCACACUUGAUCACGGUUAUCUGAAUUUUUUGCGAAAUGAUGUCAUUUCCACAUCUUGCUUAGAGAGCAGGGGAGCAGGGAGGAGUUGUGUCUGAUUACAAAUGGCAGCACAUUUUGUGUUGUUUCAUUGUGAGAUUUGCUCACAUAAAUAGAAGGGGGGGAAAAACCCUUCAAAACAUAUGCUGGUCGCACCUGAAUUCCAACCCAAAAAGCAGCAUUUUGGAACUCAAGAGGAUCGGCAGCUUUAGUUGGAAAACUAAGCACGAAUUGAUAGAUCGAUGUACGUUUUCACUGCAUCAAAUGCCAAAAAAAGUGCAAAACUCUAAUGAAAAGCACUGAACUGAAUUGCAGAUCUCUCCCCAAAUCCCCAUCUCACUCUAAAAUGCACCAAGUCUGUCCACCUCAUGUUUUGUUGCUCAUAUUUCUCUUGGGAAUUUGACUGGAAAUCCCUGCUUGGAGCCUCCCUCCUGUCAUACUCCAUUUGAUGUGCUGACUUGAUGCUGUAAACAUUCCUUUUAUUUGGAUUUGUAUCUUUUGAACUCUGUUGCCAAUUGAAUGCAUGUUACUAAUUGCUGUUUUCUCUUUUCUAAAGCGGGACAUUUGGUUUAUUUUAAUUUUUAUUUUUUUUGCGGGUUUCCUCUCUUUUCAUUAACACAUGACUGAUGCGUUCAGUGUGAAACUGUCUUGUGUGAGAUGUGUGGACACUAUUCACUCACUGACAUCAAUUUUAUAUCUGGUUAGACUAGUGUUUCUCAUGCCAAACAUGGAGGGAAAUUCUCAUAUUUUGUUUGUGAAACUGGUGUUUUGCUGACAAAUGUUAAUCCACAGCCUGGAUUUAGGCUGAGGUUUGUUAUUGGUCAGCUGUCUUUUGGUGGGAUUUGAGAUAUUUGAUAUGAAGCACUUGCUGUUCUGUACUGCCUGAAUCAAUGAUGAGGAAGAUAUUAUUUUGCCAUUUUAUUUUUUUUGUAAACUCUUUGCUGUGACACGACUCAACAGCUGUUUAUUGUGUUCUGCUUUUCUGUCUUUUCAUCUGUCUUUCUUGUCCUGUUUUCCAUUUUUGGUGACAAGCAUUUUUUUAUAUUUUUGUGACUUAUAUUUUUGUUUUGUUUUUCCCAUCAGUCCAGGUCGAUGAGAAGCUGUUAUAUUUUGUUUAUAAAAACUUGGGUAAACAGGCCUUUGUAAAGAUGAAAAAAAAUAAAUAAAAUUUGUACUUUUUUUAUUACA